GUUUUUUUAAACAUUUUAACAAGCUGCAACCGCCAUUGGAUUGAAUAGAGAACAUUUUAAAAGAUGAUUUCAUAUUGUCCAAUUUGUGGGAAGCCUGUCUAUUUUGCGGAGAGGAAGCGAUCGUUGGGCAAAGAUUACCAUCCCCUUUGCUUGAAAUGCUACCGGUGUAAACGUCAGUUAUGUCCUGGCCAACAUGCAGAGUAUGAUGAGAAACCAUACUGCAAUCAUUGCUACCUACAGCAUUUUGGACCAAGAGGAGCAAGGCGACCAGCAUCUCGAACUACUGGAACAGCUGGAUCCAAUGUUCCAGUUGAGAACCCCAGCACUUAGUGUCAUCCUGUUUAAGAAUGAUUUGCAGCUUCAAUUCAUAAGAAAAUUAGAACAGCAACAGAGAGAAAAGUAACAGCUCAUAGAAACAAUUGUACAUUUCAUAAACUAAUUUGUUGCUGUGCUCCAUUAUUAUGUAAAGGAGAAGACAUUUGAAAAUAAUUAUCUCAAACCAUCCGCAGUAAUGUAGCUUUGCUCAUGAAACCAAUGUUUGCUUCAGAAUGUCUGACAGUAAUUCUGUGGUCCUGUUUAUAAUUUUGGUGAAAUCGAGUUUUCAAAGAGCAAUACAAAAAUCUACAAUUCUUCACAAAGCAGCUCAGUGUUAUCCCUUUUUCCACCCAACACAUUAAUUUGGUUGGUUGGAGAUGAGCUGCUGGCUGGUCUCUGUAGACUGGUUAGUGUUUCAAUCAUUCAUGCACAGACUUCAGUGCAGUAAACCAAAAUAUAGACUGCUAUUUGCUACACACGAGUAAUCCGUGCAAUAGAGUGUCAUUUUACUUGUAAGAGUUAUAUCUUUCUAUAAUAAAAGAAAACAUACUUCUGCCA